AUGACGGAUAAUGGCGGCGAGUUCAAUUCUGAUGAGUUUCGAGAAGUAGCAUCAAUCCUGAACAUUCAAGUUGGUACAACUACAGCUUUCAGUCCAUAUCAGAAUGGCUUGUGUGAACAAGUCCACGCUAUUACUGAUCACAUGCUCAUGAAACUUAAGGCUGAAAAUUCAGACUUACAUCUGGAAACUCUCUUAUUCUGGGCAAAUAUGGCUAAAAACUCUUUGCAAAUGAGAAAUGGUUAUAGUAGCCAUCAACUUGUGUUUGGGAGAAACCCUAAUGUACCUAACAUUCUGCAGGCAAAAUUACCAGCUUUAGAGGGCAGCACAAGUGAGGUCUUUCAGAAGGACCUGACCGCUCUCCACGAGGCACGUAAAGCUUACAUUCAAUCAGAGUCAAGUGAAAGAAUACGACAAGCCCUGCGUUCUAAAGUUCGGGCAUCAGAGCAGGUGUUUCAAUGUGGUGACAAAGUGUUUUACAAAGUGUUUUACAAGCCUGAAGGCAAAGAAAGAUGGUUAGGACCCGGAAAGGUGGUAUUUCAAGAUGGAAAAGUUCUUUUGUGA